CAACAUGGCGGAAGUGCGUCACCGUCGUCCAGCACCUGCAGCUUCUCCGUCUCCCACGGACGCGUCAUCCUCUUAUGACUAUCCGAUCGAGAAGAAGCGCCGUCGCCGCUUCCACCCGUCGCUGCCGCGUGGUUGGCUCGUUGUGUUGGGCUUCCUGGCCUUCUACGCGUCAUCCUUCGCUGUUGUGACCUUUUGGCACACAUGGUUGCCACAGCCCAAAGGCAUUGACGCGCCUCCCAACGAAUUCUCAGAGGCCAGAGCGCGCGUGGUGCUCAAGAAAAUCAUGAGCUUCGGAUACCGCCCCGUGGGCACCAAAGCCAACGAAGAAUUGACGCCCAACUACUUGUUGGAACAGAUAGAGGCGAUCCGAGCCACCAAGUCGGAAGGAGUGAGCGUGGACGUGGACGUGCAGAGACCCUCUGGCGCCUUUGGCCUGGACUUCAUCGCGCAGUUCCAGAACAUUUACGCCAACGUGACCAACAUUCUGGUCAAAGUCUCACCACCCGACGCCAGUCCCGACGCGCUGAAUAAUUCGCUGAUGAUCUCGUCCCAUUACGACGCCGCAAUUGGAGGCGCCGCAGCGUCCGACGACGGUGUGAAUAUUGCAAUUAUGAUGGAACUUUUGCGCCUGUUCGUGCUGAGUCCUUUAAAGCACGCGACGUUGGCGGCACAUGGCUUUAUUACGCAACAUCCGUGGACUGACACAAUCCGCGCGUUCAUCAACUUGGAGGCAGCGGGCGCUGGGGGGCGAGAACUGCUCUUCCAGACUGGCAGCGACGAGCUGGCGUUAGCUUAUGCCCAAGGCGCCAAGUACCCGCAUGCAAGUAUCAUUGCGCAGGAGUUAUUCCAAUCGGGAAUUAUUCCCGCAGAUACGGAUUACCGAGUUUACCGCGAUUUCGGCUACGUCGCUGGCAUGGACUUUGCCUACAUUGCGAAUGGCUACGUUUACCACACGACUCUUGACGAUAUCUCGCGCAUCCAACCGGGUGCAGUGCAGCGACUAGGAGAGAACGUGGUGGGUGUUGUGGGCCAGUUGGGGGGCGAACCUGGACGGCUGAGAAGAGUGGCAGAGAACCCUCAGACCUCAAGAACGUUCUUCUCGGAUGUCAUGGGACUCACGAUGGUGACGGCAAGCAAGGAAACGACCUUCCUUCUGUGUGGCGGAGUGUUGCUGCUGGCGUUCGUCUACCUCGUGCUGUCCCACGUCUCGUUCUCCGAGCGGUUGACGGCUUUUAUGCUGAUUUGGAGGUGUUUUGGCACUGCGAUUGCCGCUUCGUUGACGGUAGGAGUGAUUCUGAGUCUGUAUGCGCCGCUGCCGUGGUAUUCCCAACCGUACUUGGCCGGAGCGCUCUUCCUGGCCCCCGCCCUGGCAGGGAUGGUUCAUCAGUUGGCGUCAGUGUUGGAGAAGGAUCGAGUCACUCCUCAAGCUCUGUGGCGUCUCGAGGAGAGUCUCUUUGAAGCCAUGAUGUGCAUCUGGAUGGGGGCGUUGGCGGUCUGCAUGCAGUUGGGUCUCAUCUCGAGUUACGUGUUGGCCGUGUGGAUCUUGUUCCCGCUGCUGGGGCAAAUGCUGUGUCAGCUUCUGCAGCGCUUCCGCAUGUUCUCGUCGAGUAUCUACAUGUUCAUUUCGCUCGGUGCGAUGGUCAUCCCUGUGAUCCACACCAUGUGCUGCUUUGCGAUCGCACUGAUGUUCUUCAUCCCGUUAUUGGGUCGAAGUGGCCCAGUGGUGCCUCCGGACGUGGUGCUGUCCCUCUUGAUGUGCAUCAUCCUGUUGAUUUUGGUUUCGUAUUCCGGUCGCGUGUUCUGCUUCCUGCCGACGAAGCAGCUGCAACUCGUUCGGAACGUCUGUAUCCUCAUCACGGUGGUGGCUACGGCGUAUGCUUCGAUUCGUAACCCGUACUCGGACGUCUGUCCCAAGCGACUGAUGCUGCAGCAUGUCCAACGUGAAGUGUGGCUCCCAAACGGCGAUAUCGAGACAGACUCGGGGCUUUGGAUCAACUCGCUCGAUUUCCGCGGACCGGACCCGAUUAAAAGCUAUUUGAGCGACACGCAGUGGAAGGAUGCGCGCAUGCACGUGGCCCCCGAAGAGCUGCAUGAGCACGCAGAAGUGUACGGACACAUGCCCUGGUCUCUGCCCGUGAAGCACAUGCUGCCUGAAGACAAGUCGUGGUAUCUCCCGGCUGCCGCGCCUACUCUGCCCAGUGACGCCUACAAGGCCAGAUUGAAAGUUCUUUCGUCGACAUACUCGGAGCAGACUCAUCUCCGUCGACUUCACUUUGUGUUUACGGGACCCUCGCACAUGAAUCUCUUCAUCGAUGCCAAGAAGACCAAACUGACGUCGUGGUCCAUGGGAAAUGGCGUGAGUGGACCUGUGGUUGAGGCCGAAGACGCGUAUAUUCUUCAGUUCUGCAGUGGCACAGUCCCGUCGAGUUACCACUUCUGGAUCGAGGCCGAGUCCAACAAUCCUAUCGACGUUGCUUUUGUUGGCCACUACCUCGAGGUCACGACGCCAGAGAUGAAGGAGUUCACGGAUGUGCUGCCGUCGUGGACGGUCGUGGCGUCUGCAGUGUCCACGUGGACGAAGAUGCAGAUUUAAAGGCUUUUGUCCUGCCUCUUAAAUGGCCAUUUCACGUUAUGUUA